GUCUCUGACACUUCCUUUUUUGUGCAUUGGGUCAGUUUAUAUUGUGACUUUCCUUAAAAUGCCGUAAUACUGGCAAGAUACCAUAACACCAGGAUGCUGGAGAUUGUCCUCAUGGAAUUUUUUUACCUUCUGACUGUCCUUUUGCCGGCAGAUGGGGCUCAGAUCAGACUAGUCAAUGGGACUGGAAGGUGCUCUGGAAGAGUGGAGGUCUAUCACAGUGGCCAGUGGGGAACCGUGUGUGAUGAUGACUGGGAUAUGAAUGAUGCUGCAGUGGUGUGCUGGGAGCUGGGCUGUGGCACAGCUGAGUCUGCUCCAGGUGGAGCCCAGUUUGGCCAGGGGAGUGAAGAAAUUUGGAUGGAUGAUGUUGGCUGUACAGGCAGUGAAUCUUCACUCUCACAGUGCUCACACAGACGGUUUGGAAUUCACAACUGUGGUCAUGGAGAGGAUGCAGGUGUUGUCUGCUCAGGUUUCCAGAUCAGACUAGUCAAUGGGACUGGAAGGUGCUCUGGGAGAGUGGAGGUCUAUCACAGUGGCCAGUGGGGAACCGUGUGUGAUGAUGACUGGGAUAUGAAUGAUGCUGCAGUGGUGUGCUGGGAGCUGGGCUGUGGCACAGCUGAGUCUGCUCCAGGUGAAGCCCAGUUUGCCCAGGGGACUGAAAGAAUUUGGAUGGAUGAUGUUGGCUGUACAGGCAGUGAGUCUUCACUCUCACAGUGCUCACACAGAGGGUUUGGAACUCACAACUGUGGUCAUGGAGAGGACGCAGGUGUUGUCUGCUCAGGUUUCCAGAUCAGACUAGUCAAUGGGACUGGAAGGUGCUCUGGGAGAGUGGAGGUCUAUCACAGUGGCCAGUGGGGAACCGUGUGUGAUGAUAACUGGGAUAUGAAUGAUGCUGCAGUGGUGUGCGGGGAGCUGGGCUGUGACACAGCUGAGUCUGCUCCAGGUGGAGCCCAGUUUGGCCAGGGGACUGAAGGAAUUUGGAUGGAUGAUGUUGGCUGUACAGGCAGUGAAUCUUCACUCUCACAGUGCUCACACAGACGGUUUGGAAUUCACAACUGUGGUCAUGGAGAGGAUGCAGGUGUUGUCUGCUCAGCCGCAGAUGUUUCCCACCAGAGGGACUGUGUGUAUGAGACCACAGUAUCUGGGUAUGAAUUCAGCUCUCCUGCCAGCACACCGCUGCCUCUCACUGUCACAGCUUCAGAAGCUUCAGUAUCUGGACGUGAAUUCAGCUCUCCUGCCAGCACACUGCCACCUCUCACUGUCAUAGCCUCCCUGUCCCUGGCAAACAAGUUAAGAUUGUCAGCAGUUGUGCUGCUUCCGGUACUGCUGCCAAUUAUCCUCUUCCUGGCGUUUCGAAAGAGAAGACACAGCCCUGAAGAAUUUCAGCUGAAUGUCAGAAUGUCAGAAUGUCAUCAGACAGUCAGCAGAGAAUAUUAGUGCCUCAAAACAGAGGAACACAUACAGUACAGUCUGUAAGUAUUUGGACAGUAGUACAAUGUAUGUUCUUUUGGCUCUGUAUCCAAGCACAUUCAAUAUGAAAUUAAAUAAUGAAUAUUAGGUUUAAGUAUAGACUGUCACCUUUAAUUUGAGGGUAUUUACAUCCAUAUCAAGGCAAUCCGUGUAGGAAUUACAUAACUUUUUAUACAGAGGCCCCACAUUUUAUGGGGCCAAGAGUAAUUGAACAGUUGGCUUCUCAGCUGUUUCUGAUUAGUCAGGUAUACUCAAUUGCUUCCUUCGUGCAGGUAUGAGAAAGCUCUAAGUGCCUAAAUUAAAUGUUCUUUGUCAACAAGUGUACCAAUGACAGUCAAGGAAGUUGUUAUGAGGCUGAGAAAUAAAAUUUAAAAAACUGUCACAGACAUAGGCCAAACAAUAGGCUUACCAAAAGAAACAGUUUGAAACAUAAUUAAGAAGAGAGAGCUCUGGUGAGCCCAGUAAUUGCAAUGGGUCUGCUAUGCCAAGGAAGACCUCUACAGUUGAUGGCAGAAUAAUUCACACCAUAAUGUAUAAAACCCCCCAAACCCUAUCCUAUAGAUCAGAAACCCGUCUUGGUUGCUCGGUUGCAUUUGCAGUUGCUAAGAAAGAAGGUAUUGUGGACAGAAAGACCAAGAUUGACUUGACGGCAAGAGCAAAGU